UAUUUAUAACAUUGCAACAGCAGCUUUCUGACAGUGAAACAGGACCAGCUCAUGGACUCAGUGCGUCUGCAUCCAGACCCUCAUAGCCCAGACAGCCUGUGAUAGACCUCCCUCAGACCACAUCUACCAGACCUCUAAAGAUCUGACCCACUAUGACAGAGGGGAACAGCAUGCCUGAAGGGGGCUUGGAGGAGAAGGAUGGUCUCCCCCCGGCGGAGGAGAAGAAGGAGAACGGGGACAGCAGAGUCAGUCUCCCGGAGAAGGCUCCGGGUCCGGAGGAGGUCGAGUUCGUGCACCCUGAGGGGGGCUGGGGGUGGGUGGUGAUGCUGGCUGCUAUGUGGUGUAACGGAUCGGUGUUCGGGAUCCAGAACGCCUUCGGGAUCUUGUUCCUGUCACUGCUCCGGGAGUUCGGCUCCGAGGACGAUGAUGACCUCCGCUUCAGGACAGCAUGGGUGGGCUCCCUCUCCAUGGGGAUGAUCUUCUUCUGCUCCCCCAUCGUCAGCGUGUUCACAGACAUCCUUGGCUGCAGGAUCACGGCUGUGGGCGGAGCCGCUGUGGGCCUGGUCGGACUGAUGGCGAGCUCCUUUGUCACGUCUCUGGGCCCCUUGUACUUCACCUACGGCAUCGUGUUUGCAUGCGGCUGCUCCUUCGCCUACCAGCCCAGCCUGGUCAUCCUGGGACACUACUUCAAGAAGCGCCUGGGUCUGGUGAACGGCAUCGUGACGGCAGGCAGCAGCAUCUUCACCAUCACUCUGCCCUUCCUGCUGUCAGGCCUGCUGGAGAAAGUGGGGCUCCAUAACACCAUGCGUGUCCUCUGCAUACUCAUGUUCAUCCUGAUGCUGGCAGGCUUCACCUACAGGCCCCUGCUGCCCGCCAAACCCGCCUCCACUCGCACCAGGAAGUGUCCGCCCCUCAGCCAGAUCUUCAACGUCAACAUCUGGAAGUCUCUGGGGUACCGGAUUUGGGCCUUCGGUAUCCCUGCAGCCCUGUACGGGUACUUCGUGCCUUAUGUUCACCUGAUGAAGCACGUGGAGGAGCGGUUUGGAGUCGACGCCAAUAAAGAAGUUCUGCUCAUGUGCAUCGGCAUCACGUCCUGCGUGGGCCGUCUGAUCUUCGGCAGGGUGGCCGACUACGUGAGCGGGGUCAACAAAGUCUACCUGCAGGUGACGUCCUUCUUAAUCAUCGGCCUCAUGUCCAUGAUGAUCCCUCUGUGUCACAUCUUCGGCGGGCUGAUCGCUGUGUGUCUGCUGAUGGGACUGUUCGACGGCUGCUUCAUCUGCAUCAUGGCCCCCAUCGCCUUCGAGCUGGUCGGAGCGGACGACGUGUCCCAGGCCAUCGGCUUCCUGCUGGGCCUGAUGUCCGUGCCCAUGACUGUGGGGCCGCCCAUCGCAGGCUUCCUGAGGGACCGGCUGGGCAGCUACGACGUGGCCUUCUACCUGGCAGGCAUCCCCCCGAUCUUCGGAGGGGCCGUGCUGUGUCUGAUCCCCUGGGUCGAGGCCCGACGCAAGAAGAGGGAGAAGGAGGCGUCUGUAGGCAAGGACCAGGGCGUCACUGAGAAGAUGAUGGAGAACGAGAAGGCUCAUGGAGACGCGCCGGGCAAGACUGGGGAGUCUGUCCUCUAAGCGUCCCACUGAACAGACUGACAGAGAGACGUGGGCUCAGACUGAGACUCCUGAGGACUGAGCGUCUGUGUUUUAAGAUUGUAACGGCUGCCUUCACUGGGAACCAGCCUGAAAAUGCCAAAGUGAUGAAACAUAUCAGAUUAGUAGGUUACAGGAAUGUGAUCUGAAGAACUAUGCAUUCGAUGAUUUGAAUUAUAAAGAUUAAUUUACAGCAGAGUAACUUGAAGCUGAAAAAGAGGAAGCUGCACAUGUGAACACAAGGGAAAGAGGGCGUGCUGGACCUGACCAUACAUGCAACACUAGAGUCAGGUAGACUUAGUCUCUCUUUACGAUGAGAUGUUUAAUGUAGAUACACCGUGGAUUACUGAUUACAGAGCUCACUGUAGGCUCCGUCAGGUGUCAAUCAUUUCUUUUUAACCUGCCGUCCUCACACGGGGUCCACCGCCCCCUCAGACAGUCCACCUCUCCUCACACGGGGUCCACCACCCCCUCAGACAGUCCACCUCACCUCACGCGGGGUCCACCACCCCCUCAGACAGUCCACCUCUCCUCACACGGGGUCCACGGCCCCCUCAGACAGACCUCUCCGUCUGUACCAUUUGAUUCUGCAGAGCUCUGAGGCCGGUUCAAAGGGACGCACAGUCAGAGGUGAGCUGUGAGCUGUGAGCUGUGAGCUGUGAGCUGUGAGCUGUGCACAGACACUUGAAGGGAAGCAGCUUUAAGCACAUUCACACAUAAAAACCAGCAGCUCAGGUCCGGUCUGUCCUGGGACUCGCUCAGACUCUGAACCCUCUUAAAGCAGGAGGAGCUCAUUCAGUUAGAAGUUAGAACUGAUCCAUCCAAGUCCUACUCUGUCUUGAUUUAGCCGUUAGCUUAGCUUAGCACUGACAGUGACAGACCGGUCACCAGCACAUGCCCUCCGUUCAGAUCCUUAACAUUUGAACACUCGUUCAGUGUUGACGUCAGCAGUGUUUCUCUCUGUUUCUCUCUUCUGCUUUUUUAAAAUUGAAACUCAGUAUGUGUGAGGAGGAGUGAACCCUCCUCCUCCUCCUCCUCCUCCUCCUCCUCCUCCUCCUUCUCCUCCUCCUCUUCUUCCUCCUCCUCUCUGUAUGUUAAAGUAAAUGUAAAUGCAGCUUGCUCAGCAGCUGAUUCGGUCCAGGUCACCAACAGGUCACCUGUCUGAAGUCUGACCUCUUCAGCUCUCUGCGGUAUCUCCUCCUCUGAACCGAGGACGUGACUCUGACUAAUCAUUGACCGACUCUGGAGUAGUUAGUGGGGUUAUUCAUUGACUGCAUCCCUGGCUCAGUAUCCUCUCCUGUGUUUUAUUUGUGUAUUUAUUUGGUGCUUUUUGUCGUGGAGAUCGUCGUGCUGUGAUUGAAGCAUUGAUUUCAUUCAGACCAAAAACAGGGCGGAUAGGAAAACGACUCAAAGUGUCUUAAUCCUGUGAGCAGUCACGUUUCACCCUCAGGAGGUGAACACCUGGACAUGUCAGGCCAUCAGUGUGUGUGUGUGUGUGUGUGUGUGUGUGUGUGUGUGUGUGUACUCUCCCCCUGCAGACAGGUGACCCUUUCUACCUCAGAGUAGUCCUCCUUCAGAGUGAGCCCAGCUGAGCUCUGUGAGGAGCUGUGAUGACACAUGAAGGGAGACGUCAGUGCAGAGCUGCAGAGAUGAGAUUAUCACUUUGUCCACAGGGGGCGCCACAGUCAACACAGACAGGAGCUUUAAUGAAUCACCAGAAAUGCCUUUUUUUAUGCAACAACUGUGACAAAGAGCGUUUACAUGUCUUUUCUUCAUAUUUGGGUGACUGAAUCCCUCCGCUGCCUUUUAAUUGAAGCAUGUUUUGAGUUUUCUUACAGACUGUUUGUGACCAAUGAGAGCCUGAACUGGAGUUGCUUCCUGUGACCUCUGAACUUUGAUUGUAAACCUCUUCACAAACAUUCAAACCUUUUAUUUGCUAUACUCUUUAUUUUGUACUAAUUUGAUGGAGUAAUCUCCGUGUACCUGCUUUGUUCUGUACAUCCAAAGAGACGUUUUGAAGGAGACCAAACGUUGAUUCAUGAUUUAUUGUUAUUCUUUUCUAACUUCAGUCUUAAAGCUGCACCAGAGGCUGCGUGUGGAAACAAGGACGCCUCGGUGUUUAUAGAGUUUGAUUGUUAAUUUGCUGUCAUUGUUUUGCCUUCAUUUAUAAUAUCAGUGUAUAUAUGCAUUCUGUUUGUGCAGUAUCAGAUAAAGACUUACUUCAGUAAA